AAGACCAACUCAUUCACAUUAUCACAUAUAGUGUGCAGUGUCAGUGUUAAAAUGUAAUGGGUGUUUUAAAAGCCAUCUGAAAAUCAAAUAUUGACAGUGACAAAAUGUUAACAGCAGCGCAGGUAUUUAUCAGUCACCCAGCGUUUAUUUCCACAUCAAAGUAUAUCUGGGACUACUGACUUAUGGGGGCAAAACAGAGACAAGCACACAAAUAUUCUGUCCAUUCAUAACAGAUCAUGUUGCAUGUAGUAUAGAAGAUAUAAGUAUAAACAUGCCAUGUGGGUUAAAAUUCAAUAUUAACAAAUCUUAACAUCACACAAGGGGUAUUCAAGCAAACAAAGCUGAUUUAAACAGUGAACUAUAUUUUUGUGCAACAAUUUUAAUCCAUUAAUGACAAGACAAUUAAAAAGAGAUGGAUUCUUACUUCAUGUGCAUGUGCUUUAGCUAUUUAGGCAAAAUGGGUCACAAGACAUAUUGCGUAAAAGAAAACCUAGUACCAAAAGUUCCCGUUUGUCAUGGACAUUCUGUCUGGGAAUGGUUUACCUCCCUCAUCUCCUCAAAGGACAACCAUAGGUGGACCGACAAUUACUCAUAAUUAUGGAUUUCUUGUGGACGUUUACUGGAGGAGUUUUUCUAACAAUCAUGCUUCUUCAGACCCAAACCCUUUGCUUCAAGGUGAUUUACAUAUCUGCUCCUGUACGGUCCAUAAGAGCCUCAAACACCACUACGGAUUCCCCCACCUCUUCAGCUACCACUGAGGCUGCCACCACAGAUCACACUGGACCUGCUGCUUCUCAACCCACCCCUGAAUCCACUAAAUCCCCUGAAUCCACUGCACUGCCCUCUACUGAACCAGCUACUGAACUUACCUCUGUGCCAGCUUCUACUGAAUCAGCUUCUACUGAUUCUGUCCUACCCUCUACUCAACCAACCGCUGUGACUACUACUGGAAUGCGUACUGCUCAACCCACCACUCUACCAACUUCUGCACCCGCGUCCACUGAACGUACCCCUGUAGUAACCACAUCUAAAGCCACCUCUGCUAAACCUACACUUCACCCUCCUGCUAAAUGCACAUCAACUGUUGCACCCACCACCACCACCACAGCACACGUCACGCAGGCAGUGCAGAUGACAGUGGCCACCACAGCCUCUGGACAGGGGAACACUCUGGCUCUGUGUCUCUCAUUCUGGCUCAGUCUGAUUCCCUUCUGCCUUAUUAAGGUGAUAUUGCCCUGAGCAUCCCACCCUGCCUUGUAUGUACUGCAUCAAAUGCAUCUCAUUUAAUAUGUGAAUUUUUAAGUUAAUAUUUUUGUUAAUCCUUUUUGCACGUUGUGGAGUUCUACCAGUCAUUUUACUACAAGCUGUAAUGUAGGUUGGUUGGAGCAUUGUAUGUGACAAUCUACUCUACUCUACUCUCAUCACUGGUUACUAGGCCUACUGUUACAUUUAUAGUUUCAAUAUUUAACACUAAAGUUCUUUUUUGUAGGCUUUCACAAGAAUUGUCCCCCUCUUCAAUGUGUAACUUAAGUGUCACAGGGCAGUGUGAAGUAAAACUUGCCAUGAAACGUGUUGGUUGUGGGAUACAACAUCACUUCCUGAUGAUAAACAAGAGCUACAAGGUCAAGCAAACCAAAGUUAUGAAUCUCUGAUAAGGUCUGA